UGUAAGCAGGAGUCAGAGGAAGAUGAAAAUCUUGAACACCAUUUUGCAGAAGUAGCUCUUGCUUCUCCCAAAGUGUCUAUUUCUCUUCACCGAAAUAGCAGCUGGUAUAAAGUCUCGUCGAUUGAAGAAAUAUUUGAAAUUUUUUCAAUGAUUGAAGGCACAUACAUGUUAGUUGGAGGGAACACAGCUCAAGGUAUCCUAGAGGACAAGUACCCUGCUCCCCCGGAGACGUACAUUGAUGUUAACGGAGUGGCAACACUGCGGAGUCACAGGUUUGAUGGAGACAGUCUAGUGUUGGGAGCCAACAUGACUCUGACAGACACAAUGCGGCUGUUUGAUGCUGUAGCCACGUUACAACCUGCACAGUUUAAGUACCUCUCCACUCUUAGAAGGCACAUGGAGAAAGUGGCGCACAUUCCAGUGAGAAAUGUUGGCACAUUGGCUGGAAACCUAUUUUUCAAGCACCAAUAUCCAAAAUUUCCUUCUGAUCUUUUUACAAUAUAUGAGACAGUUGGAGCCAAGCUGAUUAUUGAUUCUGGAAGCGGUGAGAUGUUAACAGUUUCAUUCCCUGAGUUCCUAGCCACAGAUAUGUACAAGAAAAUCAUCACAAACAUAGUAUUUCCUCCUCUUGACUGCACUUAUGUUGUAUUAAGAAGAGCCCAAAAUGACCAUGCAAUUGUCAACGCUGGAUUCUGCUUUAGCUUUGACAAGGCCAACAUUUUCAAAGUUCUAACUAAACCAAGAAUAGUUUACGGAGGAAUAGCACCAGACUUUGUAGGUGUUUAG